AGCUCGGAUCGACAGCUGCCCCCAGCACUAACAUUGAGGGAUGAGGUCUGUGCACUCACUUCUCGGGUUAGGGUACAGUGCAAGAAACAUGAAGAAUCACUGUCCAUCUCCAUCGCUUCCCCAAAAGUGGACAGCUCACUGUUGCAGUGGGAGGUACGUACCUGAAUGACGGGAUAGGGGAACAGGGGGGAAUCAACACGCGCUGGACAUUAUGAAUUGAAGCUAUCACCACUGGUAAUCCAAUUCCUCAAAAAUGUACGACGAGCACUGGUACAGCUUUGCUCCAGAGGUGCAGCAGAGCAGACCAUCGGGCGCAAAGACGCGCCACCGUCGAGCCAACUCUCUGCUGCAGCAGCCAGAGGAGACGGCCGACAACAACAUCCCCGAAGAACCACUCCCAGCACUUUUCGAAGACCAGGAAGACGUCAACGCGCCACCCGAGGCCACCGUUCUUCGCAGGGCGAAAUCAUAUUCGGACUUCUACGACAUUGGCAGUCAUGGAGGACCCAAGAGGAGGGAGAAGAAGAAGACCAAGGGGCGGCGCAAUAAUCACAACCUCUGGGACGCCUUGAUGAUUCCCGCGAGCGCGGCAUCGACACUGCCUGUGGAGCAAGACACGUACGACGACGCUCUGAACCAGGAGCUGCUACAGGCUAGCCAGCAAGAGUAUCUGCUGUAUCAUGACCAACUCGCCUUGACGGAACGACAUCUGGGAACCCUGAUCGACGACGCCAACAGCGCACUCAAAACCCUCGAGAGUUUGUGUCAGUCUUUCCGAGCCGUCGAGGAGCAGACAACAUCCUUCAAGGCACAGUGCGACGACUUGCUGGAGGAGCAGAAGCGUCUUCAGACGCUCGCCGACGAGGUUGGCACCGAUUUGCAUUACUACGCCUAUCUUGACAAUGUCAGCCGGCGCCUCAAUGCCCUGGGUGCAGGCCGCCUUGUGGAUGACGAUGCCUUUGGCGAUAUCCUAGCCAACCUGGACUCUUGCAUUGAGUUCAUGAUCAAGCAUCCCCAAUAUCGGGAUGCUGACACAUACCAAGCCAGAUACCAGGCGCUACUAACCAAGGCCCUACAUCUUCUCGAGGUCGGCUUCACAAACCGCCUGGACCAGGUGUCUGGGGAACUUGCUCGUCAAAUCACAAACACCCAGUCAGAAUCCGCACGACAUGCCUUGGCUUAUGGUCGGUUUGAGGAGAUCCUGAUGAACUCGUAUUCGCUCAUACCAAACAUUCAGCGAGUGAUAUUGGGGGCAUAUGACCAAAAUGGCCAGCCCAGGACUGGGCCAAACGUGGAUAUCUUUGCCAACACAGCCAACAACCUCUUCCACGCCUAUUUCGUCGUGAGAGACCGCGACCUCAAGCCUCUAACCCAGCAUGAUCUUGCGACAUUCCAUCUCGAGUGCAAGGAAUCCUCGAUAGACACGGCGGCAAGGAACUACGUGAAGCAGUGCUUCGAACGCUCAUUUAGCGAGGCCACCCUUUUCCGCAACAUCUUCUCUAUAGAAGCACCAUAUUCUCCCAACCAAAAGUCGGCCUUCGCUGCCCUUAACUCGCAUCAGCGGUCACUCGUAACGGGCACCAACAUUGCGCCCAUUGCCACCAACCUCCAGUCCAAGCUGCAGACAUGUGACUUGCAAACCAUCUGCAAUCUUGUCGGAUGGGUUACCAACGAAUACCUACUCGUGGACUAUGAUGAGGACGAGACCCCGUUUGUUGCGCACUGCAGGGAACUUACGUCAAGGCUGCUGGCUGAGCAUCUCUGGACAUUUACCGAUGGCUUUUUCGACGCAGAAAUCACAAAAUCCAUCACUAAAGCCGUCGUUCCGCCAGAGGCUCUGAAGCUGGGAGUAACCAGUACCGCCGAGGGCGGAUCAUCACCGGCUUUCCCAGUGGUCAAGAGAGCAAUCGAGCUGCUUGUUUUGUUCGACCAGUCCAUGCCCAAAGAGCGAUGUCAACGCAGCAGCCCAGUAAUCUUCAAACUCGUCCGCGAAACCAUCGCCGCCCUCCAGCGCGCCGAAGUGCGCAUCAAAGCCGCCAAAAACGGCACCGACCCAGACCUCUUCAUGAUCAAGAACCUCCUCAUUCUCAAGAACGAGCUCCUCACCCUCGAGAUCGGAGACGUGCGCAACGGCACCGGCACCGGCCAAGCCACAGGUCUAGGCAUAGGCAGCAUCCAGCACCUCGGCCAGAUCUGGGAGAACCUCCCAACCGCCGGCAACCUCUUCGGCUUGGUCUCCAGCUCCGUGUCGACUUUUAGCUCUUACAUACCCGGCUCGUCCCUCCUUUCGCGCGCAGCUGGUAGCAUUACGGGCUCGGGCUCGGGCUCGGGUUCGACGACGGCCACACCGGCCGAGUCACAAGACGCGGGAGAGCAGCUGGAUGAGUUGUUGCGCCAGAGCAUCUAUGCGUUUACCAGGCGGUGGGCGGCCAUCUUCAACGAAGCCAAGGUGAAGGCGGCGGUGGGCGGGAAGAACUUGACGCAGUUGGAGAGGGAGCUGGAUGAGAUUCUGGAGGGGGCGUUUGCUACGCAGCCGGAGGUGGUAGAGAAGUUGAAGGAGGCCAUUCAGCUGGAUGCGCAGGCGCAGUUGACUGGUGGCGGUGCGAAGGCUGGUGCUAAGGAAAAGAGAAGUGUUUAUACGGGUGGGAGUAGGGCGAGUAGGGGGAGUAGUCGGAGGAUGUAAUGCGUGAAGUAGUGGUUGUCUUGGGUCGAAUAUUCUUGGACCCGUUUGAUGUGGCUUGUAGGCUCUGAGAUAAGCUGGAAAAUAUUAAUGUCGGAGUUCCAUAUGAGUCGAAAACAUCUUGAUUAUUUACCAUUGCUCUUGCUCUUGUCCCUAUACUGAAACCAAAACAACUCUAGCCCUUAAAUGCGGUCCGUAUGCUUUUUGAAACCCUUGAAAGAUCC